CAGGUUUGUUUUGAUUGUGACCACCAUCUUUUUUGUCGUGGACGAAGCCAUACUAGCUGAAUACCCAACACUCAGUCUACUGAAACAUGUCUAAACUGCAGUCGUUUCGUGUGUUUUUAAAUGAACGUUUAACCGCGGCUGCUGUGGAGAUUUUCGGGGCAGUUGAAGAAACUGUAACGGAGUACCACGAGGAGAAUGAUCGACUACGGAGACUGCUGCGGAUCACACCGGAGAUCAAACUAUGUAGAAUAGACUCCCUGCAGCUCUCUCUCGCUGUCUCUGAAGAGGAGGUUCUCCCUGAUCAGCAGCACUGUGAGCAGGAGUGGAGCCCCAGUCUGGGGCAGGAGAACCCAGAGCUUCCACAGAUUAAAGAGGAACAGGAGGAACUCAGGACCACUCAGGAGGAAGAGCACCUUCAAGGGCUGGAGGCUGAUAUCAAAUUCACUCCUUCCUGUGUGAAAAGUGAAUGUGAUCAGGAGGACCCACUUCAGUCCUUGACUCUUCCCCAAACCCAGACUGUGGAGAACAGAGAGAGUGACCCUAAACAAGUAGAUCUCACACCUUAUGUUACUGUGACCCACCUUAAGGGUCUCUACAGUCCCUGUCACCCUCCAGAUAAUCAAAACAAUGCCUCCAGCCAAAGCUCAGCCGUAAGCAUAAACCCAGUAGGACUUGACAGCAGCCCACCAUUGGAUCCCAGCCCAUCAUUGAAUCCAAAACCAUCAAUGGAGGAACACUGUUCCAAACCCAGCACCACGUCUAGAAAACCUCACCGCUGCCGUGACUGUGGCGAAAUGUUUACUCUGGAAGCUGACCUGCAGAAGCAUGUGACUCUCUACAAGAAGAGACUCCGUGAAUGCCGCUUCUGCAGAAAAAGCUGCAACUCCACCUGUAAACUAAAGGCCCAUGUCCGCCUCUGUCACAGUGGCAAACCCUGCACCUGCCCUGUUUGUGGCAAGACCUUCAAACUCAAAGGAUAUCUGUCCAAGCACAUGAGGAUUCACACAGGAGUGGGAGAGAAACCAUUUACCUGUGGUGACUGUGGGAAAAGCUUCAAUUUGAAGGGGAACCUAAGGAACCAUAUGCGGACUCACACAGGAGAGAAACCAUUUAGCUGUGGUGACUGUGGGAAAAGCUUCAUUCAUAGGUGGAACCUAAGGAACCAUAUGCUGACUCACACAGGAGAGAAACCAUUUAGCUGUGGUGACUGUGGGAAAAGCUUCAAUCAGAAGGGGAACCUAAGGAACCAUAAACGGACUCACACAGGACGGAAACCAUUUAGCUGUGAUGACUGUGGGAAAAGCUUCAAUCAGAAGGGGUCCCUAAAGAAGCAUACACUUACUCACACAGGAGAGAAACCAUUUAUCUGUGGUGACUGUGGGAAAGGCUUCUAUCAGAAGGGGAACCUAAGGAACCAUAAACGGACUCACACAGGAGAGAAACCAUUUAGCUGUGGUGACUGUGGGAAAAGCUUCAAUCAGAAGGGGUCCCUAAAGAAGCAUACACUUACUCACACAGGAGAGAAACCAUUUAUCUGUGGAGACUGUGGGAAAGGCUUCUAUCAGAAGGGGAACCUAAGGAACCAUAAACUGACUCACACAGGAGAGAAACCAUUUAGCUGUGGUGACUGUGGGAAAAGCUUCAGUCAGAAGUCCAACUUACUGAUCCAUGUGAAAAACAUCCACAAAGGAGGAAAACGGGAUGAAACAUGAAAGAAAGAAAAUUAGGACAAAGAUCUAUUUAGUCACAAGAUGAGAAUAAAAAGGCAGGAUGUGGACAAUACUCUGAGUACACGCUCAUAGAUAGCUGGAAUAAGUCAAUGAAGUCAAUGAGAGAAGAGUCAUAUCAACUGAUGACAAAAAUAGCAGCGCAGAUGGCACUAUUUUGUGAAGUGCAGAGAUGUAUUAUAGGUAAUGAAUGUGUAGGGAACUUCUGAAAUUCUACAGAUUUUGUGGCGUAGCAGAAAGAUCUGCAUACCCCAAAUCCAGAGGUUGUGAGUUCAAAUCCCAGGCGGAGUCAUUUUGAAAAGUCUACUAAGUGAUCAUGUCAAAUGUAAUCAUAUUAUCAUUGCUUACCUGUUUUUACACCAUUUUAGCUAAACAUUAUACCAAUUACCUUAAAACCCCCAAACAAUUUCAUUACUUGACUUAUCAUGGUUUGGGACACCUGGGACUAAUACCUCCAAGAACAUCCAGGCGAGCGUGACACAUUGUUGCAAGAACAUCCUAAAGACGUCCUGGGACAAACUGGGAACUAGACAAAACCUCCAGGGGACCAUGACACAAUGUCCUAAGAAGGUCCAAAAAACUAACUGGGAACUAGAAAAAGGUCCCCCAGAGAAUGUUCACUUGGCACCAUCACACGUCCUAAGGACUAGUAAAAUGAACGUCCUUAGAACGUGCCAAAAAGGACCUGACAUGGUUCUCUGUGACGUCCUGGGAACUUACAGAGAACUACACAAAGGUCCCCCAGAGAACAUUCCCAUGGGACGUCCUAAGAACUAGUAAAAUGAAUGUCCUGAGAACGUGCUAAAAAGGUCCUGACAUGGGUCUCUGUGACGUCCUGGGAACUUACAGGAAACAAGACAAAGGUUAGUGUUUAGCUCAAAUGUUUAGCUAAAAUUGAGUUUCUGCUUCACCACAAAAUCUGUCGAAUUUCAGAAGUCCCUACACAUUCAUUACCUAUAAUACAGUACCAGAGACAAGUUUGGACACACCUACUCAUUCC